AAGGAUGAGGAGGAUAUCUAUGUCAACAGAAAAAGCUACCAUUCAAUAAAUGUGCAAGUCAUCUGUGAUGCAACACUGCGCGUCACUAACCUUGUAGCUAAGUGGCCAGGACAAACCCAUGAUUCCUUCAUCCUGAUGAAUUCGGGAAUAGGCAUAAAAUUCAGCGAUGGAGAAAUGCCAGAUGGCUGGUUGUUAGGUGAUAGUGGCUAUGGCCUUCGACCCUGGCUGAUGACACCACUCCUUCACCCAGGAACACUGGCAGAGAGGCGCUACACAAGUGCACAAACAAAGACCCGCAAUAUUGUGGAGCGAUGCAUCGGUGUAGUGAAGUCUCGCUUCAGGUGCAUCGACCGUUCUGGAGGAGUGCUGCAGUACACACCUGAAAAAGCCUGUAAGAUCAUCACCUCAGCAUUCAUACUACACAACAUCUGCCAGAUGUAUCGCCUGCCAGUACCCAACAUCCCUGACGACCACCCUGAGGAAGAUGGACAUGACCACCCUGCCCCAUGCGAGACUGGCAUCCAAGCUAGGAAUGACCUCAUUAGAAGGAGGUUCACCCAAGCAAAUUAAAGAAAAAUCUACUACACAAAAUGUAAAAUCACAAUGUAUAUAACUAUCCCAUUUGAUU